GCAGUUUCUCAGUUGCCAUCAGAAAAUUUAAGCACAUGUUCAUCUCUGUUUCGGCAGCACAGGCUGCGACAGCAGCAUCUCAAACAGUGCCUGCUUCUGUCCCCUUGUCUAGCCAGUCGGAGGAAAAACUGUCUUCCUCGUUGACUUCAAAUACUGUGAUACAUAGAAACUUGAAGCCGGCUUUGCUUGUUCGCAAACGCCCAGCCUUUCCUUCCUACCAGGCUUUGUGUUCAGGGCCCAAACGAACAACUAUUGUGCCUGUAGAAAAGAACGGGAUUAUCCAGGGCCAAUUCUCUGGUCACGUCCAGCCAGCCUCUCUUCAGCACAAGAUGAUCAGGACACUUCCAGUGGCUGGUACAGUCUUGGAUUCUGCACCAGCACCUGGUGUUCGGAAAGAUGCAGAGAAACUGAUUUCACCAGACCGCAUUGUGCAGAUCACCAAAGAACAAGCAAACACCACACUUGCUGGAAUCCGACGGCUGCUGCACAAACAUCGCAUGGGAAAGAAGGGUCGCAAACAGAGCCUGAAUCUACGCAAGGAUCCCUUGUCUGAGGCUGGUGCCUCAGGCAUCUCCACUGCUAGCAGCAUUGAUGGCAGACCCAAAGGCAGGCCUGCUGGUUCAACCAAGAAAUUAUUGCCAGAUGUUGCCAAAGGUUCAGGAAGCAUGGUAAGCCAUCCCAUAGUGCACUUCCCUCAUCAGGCAGGAGGGACUCUGCCCCAGGCAGCUGUUGAAGAAGAGAUCACUGACACUCCUCUUCGGAAAAUGCCCCCUACUCCAGAUUUACAGAAUCAGGGAACAGCACGAGUUCCCCGCCCACGCGACAUGCCUCGCCUGUCCUUUGAGGUUACCUCAGAAGACGGAUUUUACUGCCGUGCUGAUACAAUGGAGGAGGCAUGGCGCCAGGUCACAGAAAGAGUUCAAGAUGCCAGAGCCGCCAGCAGAAUGAAGCAGCUAUCAUAUGCUGGGUUGAAUGGUGUACAGAUGUUUGGCAUUGGCCAUGAAGCUGUUGUCUAUCUUGUGGAACAGCUACAGGGGGCUCGUCACUGUCGUCACUACACUUUCCGUCAUCAGCAGUAUGAACCACCAGAAGAAGAUGAGGAGCUCAUAAUUAAUCCAAGUGGGUGUGCACGUUGUGAACCUUUCACAACACGUAAGCCAUACGACAUCUUCAGCUUCUUGAAUUCUCGCUAUCGUCGUCACCCUAGCAAAGUGCAUAGUAACAGGGAGGAAGAAAUGGAGCCCAAGUCUUCCAGACGGGCUACAAGCAUGGAGCUGCCCAUGGCCAUGCGUUUCCGCAAGCUCCAGGAACAUGCCAAAGAAGCUGUUGGUGUCUACAGGUCAAAGAUCCAUGGCCGAGGCCUCUUCUGCAAACGCAAUAUUGAUGCUGGCGAGAUGGUGAUUGAGUAUGCAGGCGAAAUCAUCCGGUCAUUGCUGACUGAUAAGCGGGAGAAAUACUAUGAAAGCAAGGGAAUUGGCUGCUAUAUGUUCCGGAUUGAUGACUGUGAGGUCGUUGAUGCAACCAUGCAUGGAAGUGCUGCACGCUUCAUCAACCAUUCCUGUGAGCCCAACUGCUAUUCCAAAGUCAUUCAAGUGGACGGAAGAAAGCACAUUGUCAUCUUUGCCAUGAGACCCAUCAAGAAAGGUGAAGAGCUGACAUAUGAUUACAAAUUCCCCAUUGAAGACGUCAAGAUUCCGUGUACCUGUGGAUCAAAGCGGUGCCGAAAGUACCUCAACUGAUUUGUCUGCACCCACCAUAGUGGGGAGAGAUGCAGGGCUUCUUUAUCUUGGAGUCCAGGCAUGUUGUGGGGCAGCUCAGCUCUCAUCAAGAGUUGUCCAUCAGCUUUGAGACCGAGAGCUUCCUCAGCAUUGUUUUCAGUCGUCAUUAGGCAGCAUUCAUUGUGAAGUCAGGGCCUGUGUUUGGCUGUUUGCAAGAACUUUUGCACCAAAGGACAUGAACAGAGGAACACAAAGGAGUUCUCUGCCAAGACAUCAUCUUGUGAAGAUUCAGAACUUGUGUUGUCGAGCAUUAUUGGAGAAAUUUUAUUGUCAGAACUUACUAAAUCAUAAAGCAGCCUUCUUUGUGUGUGUGUGUGUGUGUUGAUAAAUGGUUUGGUAUAUAUGCUUGUGUGUUGCAUGUGUUAUUCAACAUGCUUUAUGAAAACAGACAAAAUCUUUUCUAAGUGGGCUUAGAAGCAUUCAUAAAUAAAUGCGUUGUAGCUGUGGUAGGACAGCCAUGUUGAUUGAUGAAGCAUUUUUUUUAAAAAGAGUUUUAAAUCAAGCAUUUUUAGAAUCACUUCCAGACUCCUGAGUCUGCUUGACAGGCUAACCUCAUGCCAAGCAGUUGUCUUUUAUUGAAACACUGCAUUACCAGCGCUGAGGUUUGGCUACGAGUCGUACUGCAGACUCCUUUUAUGAAAGCAGUUGGAAUGGGUGGGUGAGUCAGGUGGGAGGUGCAUGAAUGUACGAGAAAAAAAGAAGUGAUAGCUGAAGAGAAGUGAAAAAAACAACAAAAGGUGGACAGGAAGAUGUAAACAGAAAUCCCGGUAUUUGAAGUUUCAUACAUUUGUAUCUUGCCUUAUUUCUCACAAAACUCUUAGUCAAUGAGGAGAAUCGUACAGGUGAACAGAGAAUCAUGCAGAAACAUUGGGUGAGCACGACUGCAGUGUGCUUUAUCAGUCUAUAGUUUGCCUUACCACGUUCCUUGCCUCAGAGGCUGGCAUUAACUUCAAUCAUUGACAGUGGUUUCUAGAUUCCAUUAUCGUCAUUUGUAACAGAGGACAUGCAUCGGCUUUGUGCCACGGUGGGAGAAAGACUGACAUUGGCAGCACUAGACGAGCAGAGUGUCAGAGUUUCUGCUGCUUGCUUCCUGCCUGAAAAGUUGCUGUGAACAAAACAAAACUAAAAAAAAAAAAAACGUGUUGAAAAAUUGUUAAAGUCGAAUAUUGUGUGCACAUUUCUUACUUUGCACUUUAAAUGUAAUCAAUCAUGAUACCUUGAUGUGUUGGUAGUAUAGAGGAACAGUUGCAAAGUGCAUCGAGGCAACGAUCCUAACAAUAUGCAUGUUUCUGUGAUGAGCUGCUCCGAGUACACUUAUGUCUUGCCUGGACAAGCAUUUACAGAACCACAAACCCUGGGAAAGUGCAGCUAAGCAAAGUUUUGCAUUCGCACGAACGUCAGUGUGACGUUACUUGCUGUUGUACACUAGAAACUUGUCUUCACCAUCAUCGCUGAGCAAGAAGUGGCACAGUUUUGUGUCGUGUCACUGGUGACAGUAUGAGCUGAGAUGUCAUAUUGGGCUGUUGGCCUGCUUGUUGAGGUUACUGAGGUUGCUCACAUGCUAGAAUACUUUGGUAAAUGGAGAAUGCAAAGGGAGUGUGUGUAUGGGUGUCUGUGCUUACUUCCAUAUGUUAGUCGCAGAACAACACGGCAUAAUACAUAUAUUGGAGACAUUUUGUUAUUUGUUUGUUUUGAGCUGGCUGCAGGAUGCACAUGUAACAAAGUUUCAGAAGCUUUACUGUACUACCUUACACAGUACUUUUAACUUUUUGUUUCUCAAUGAAUCUGCUUCUAAAUUUGAGAAGAUGUAACUCAGAUAUUCUUUUUUUUGUUUGCUUGUUUUGAUAUGUAUUUCAAAUUUAUACAUUUCUCUUUUCACCGUGGGUUCAAAGAAAAAGGAAUUUAGGGUCUGGAUGUCAAGGCUUCUUUUUUCAAUUUGUGAGGGUUGGGAGAGGGAGUUUUUAAAAAAAUAAAUCCAUGUCUAGAUCUU